CCUUGUGACGGAACCGGAAAACUUCACCUUUGACCUAUGACGGUACAGAAGUUUCGGAGCGCGUCUGUGGUGUUAGACUGUUACUAUUAGUGAACAGUUGCGAACGGUGUUACUGUGAAGGAUGACAAAACCGCUGCUCAGAUAAACCGCGCGCUUUCAACAAGACAUUUUAUCACGAGCUGAAAGAUGAUGGAGUUGAGCUCAGCGCUCGGUACAGAAGGCUGGUACCUGACAGAUGAAGGAAUCGAGGAGUGCAAAGGCUCUUCAGAGAAAGAAAAGGCAGUAGUCAAUGAUGUCAUCAAUGUAGCAUUAAAUACUGACCUGAGAUCUAUUGGAAAAGGUUUUCUACCUGCUGAUAUCAACAGUGGCAGAGUAGAUGAGUUGAAGGGCCCGUGUGUCCUUCAGGUGCUUAAGAUACGCAAUGUCACUGCCCCAAAAGAACAUGAGGAGUCCCAGGCUGCUCCCAGAAUGCUCCGCCUCCAAAUGACUGACGGACAGACCACGUGCGCAGGGCUGGAGUUUAAACAUCUGUCAAAAAUUAGUUUGAACACUCCACCUGGAACCAAAUUGAAACUCCUGGGCACAGUGCCGGUGAAAAACGGCUUUCUGCUGUUAGAUGAUUGCAAGAUCGCAGUCCUCGGGGGGGAAGUGGAUCACCUGAUUGAGAAAUGGGAGCUGCAAAGGAGUCUGGCAAAGCACAGCAGAACUAAUAUAGGGGCGGAGGGCGGCCCACCUCCGUUUUUGCCCUUCGGUCAGAAAUGUCUGCGUAAGGACGAGGUGGACAGUAAAACCCUGGACCAGAAGAAAACCCUACAAAGCAGCAAUGUUUCCAAAACUGCAAACGAAAACGAUGAGUUUGAGAAGCAGAGGAUCGCUGCUAUUGCUGAAGUAGCCAAAAGCAAAGAGACACGAACGUUUGGUGGUGGAGGCAUUGCAGGGAGCAACCUUGCCAAUCCGGGUACAACUUCCAAGAACCGAGACACUUACCCGAGAAAAAGAGAGGAGCGAGAUAAAAGUGGAACUGAGAGCAAGCCUGAGGGAGUGUAUCGAGAGCUGGUGGAUGAGCGUGCUCUAAGGGACAUUAUGGAGAUGGGUUUCAGUAAAGAGGCAGCCAGGCAGGCACUGUUCGACAACAAUAAUAAUGUAGAGGCAGCACUUAACUCCCUGCUUGCAGGAGCCAACGAGGGCAAAGCAGCACCCGUGGAGCAGAAUCGCCCACCACCCAGAGGCAAAGGCAGAGGGCGAGGAAGAUCCAGACAGGAUGAUCACGAGGAUGGAGGAGCAAGACCCUCGGGGCCUAGCACUCUCUUCGACUUCCUGGAGUCUAAAAUGGGAGCAUUCUCUAUUGAUGAGACAAAAAAACAUCCACCACAGAGAGCGCAGGAGCAUCCAAGCAGGACAAGUAUCCAAAAUCCUGAUCAUGUCGCACGAGAAGCCCCUCAGAUCAGGCACCCUAGUCGAAAUGAGGGAAGGGCACAGAGGAACGACCGACCCCCACGCUUCCAGAGAGAUACAGAUUUUCCGAAACCCAGCCCUGCUGAACUGUCAGUCCCCUCACAGCCACAGAGAUGGAACGAUGGUGAGAAAAGAGGGAAAGGAGGAGUAGAUCAGCGGAAAGAUGAAAGGCGAGAUGCUAAGGGCGGAACCGUGAACUCUACCUCUGCAGGUAACCAGAGGUCAAAAGGUCAACAGGGUCAGUCUGCAAACUUUUACCAGGGUUCAAAACGGGACCGGGUUGUAAGAGAGCUGGACCAUGAAGGCGUAUUUGAUCAGUCUAAAAGGAACCAAGCAAACGGCCCACUGGGACCCAAACCAUUAGAAUCGCCUUUGAUGGACAGACCUGAACCCCACAGCAAGAGGAAAGGUAGGCCAGACAGGCCUAACUCUGCCCACUUUGACACAACAGGCAACUGGAACUCUGUCCAUGUUCCUGGGUCGAAGGACUCUACAACUACACAGGAAGGGGGGCAAACACACACCGUUAAAGGUGCCGGGAAUCUCAACACGCUUAUCCAGAAUGGAGAUUCAGAGCCCAGACGCACGGGUCCCAUCAAACCACAGACAUCAGGCCAACCUUAUAAGAACAACAGUUUUUACAACUCCGCCCCCAAGAAGAGAUCAGGACCAAUCAAAGGGCACAGAGGGUCAGAGAUGGGAUAUCAAGUGGAGAGUGGCAACCAUAGAAACUGGAAAUCCGGUGACCAGUGCUUUGCACUUUACUGGGAGGACAACAAGUUCUACCGGGCUGUGAUUGAUGCGGUGCAUCCCUCAGGCUCUACAGCCGUGGUUGUGUUCAGUGACUACGGCAACUGUGAGGAGGUCUUGCUUCAAAAUAUCAAACCUUUACAUGCGGACACAUGGGAUGAGGAUGACAUUUACUAUGAGACCUCUCUGGAAUUUCGGCGGGGAGGAGACGGCCAGCCCAGACGCACUCGACCUACACAGCAGUAUUAUCAGCCUCCGAGAGCAAGAGACUGAUGUUUGGCACUUAAAGGGACACGGGGGAAAUAAACAACCUGAUCUCAUUCGAAACUAUGGCUUGAGAUAAAUCGACCGGAACACACUGGCGGAAGACGAACUCCGUCCUCUCUCUGUCUCUAUCUCUGUGAAGUGUAGAAGAAGAGAGCUGAAAGGGCUUGCUGCACUAGCUGCAUCCAUACACACACACACACACACACACACACACACACACACACACACACACACACACACACACACACACACACACAUACACACACACACACGUGUGUUAAUGUGAUAAUGCAAAAGGCUGCUGUAUGUGUUGACGAUUAUUAUCGUUCAUGGUUAUAUUAUAAAAACGAUGCAACCUUA